AUGCACAGCAAGGUCGUCAUUAUUGGUUCGGGCCCUGCUGCCCAUACAGCCGCAGUCUAUCUAGCUCGUGCAGAACUGAAACCCGUUAUGUACGAGGGAAUGCUUGCAAACGGGAUUGCCCCUGGUGGCCAAUUGACUACAACCACUGAUGUUGAGAACUAUCCUGGCUUUCCAAAUGGGAUUAGUGGUCAAGAACUUAUGGAAGCCAUGAGAGAACAAAGCGCAAGAUUCGGCACUGAGAUAAUUACAGAGACAGUAUCCAAAGUUGAUUUAUCAGAGCGACCAUUCAAGUACUGGCUCGAGUACAGUGAGGAUGCUGCGCCCCACACCGCCGAUACUCUUAUCAUUGCAACUGGUGCAUCGGCGCGACGACUUAACCUCCCUGGCGAAGAGAAAUAUUGGCAAAGUGGCAUCAGCGCCUGUGCUGUCUGCGAUGGAGCUGUACCAAUCUUCAGGAAUAAACCCCUGGCGGUGAUUGGGGGUGGCGAUUCGGCUGCGGAGGAGGCAAUCUUUUUGACUAAAUAUGGAAGUAAAGUGACGGUCCUGGUGCGAAAGGAUAAGCUUAGGGCAUCUAACAUCAUGGCUAAGCGGCUCACGGCGCAUCCAAAGGUUGAGAUUCUGUAUAAUACCGUGGCCACAGAAGCAAAAGGGGACGGCAGGCUUUUACAAAACCUCACGAUCAAGAAUGUUGUGACAGGCGAGAUUAGCGAGUUGCCAGCCAAUGGGUUAUUUUAUGCUGUUGGGCACGAACCGGCUACCUCCCUAUUUAAAAACCAGAUCGUCACCGAUGAGGACGGUUAUAUCAUAACAACCCCUGGCACAUCAUAUACCAGUGUCAAGGGUGUUUUUGCUGCCGGGGAUGUACAGGAUAAGCGGUAUAGACAGGCAAUUACAAGCGCAGGCUCAGGAUGUAUUGCAGCAUUGGAAGCCGAGCGAUUGCUGGCGGAAGAAGAAGAGGAUGCCUCAGAGCCUAUUAUCGAAGCGAAAAAGAGCGAAGUCAAUGGGGCUGCACCACAAUACAAAACUAAUCCUAUGAUUUAA